CAGUAAUUAACACAUCGGUUUAAUUUGACCAAUAAGGGCAAAAAGAAACAACGUUUUCCCUCAACAUUCACAUUAAUAUAACAAUUCCUUUACAGCCAUCAAUGACACAAAAACAAUCAAAUUAAAAAUAAAUAAAUAAAUAAAUAAAUAAAAUGUGGUCAACAAAAUAAUUAAGCACACCUAUUUAACCCCUCAAAAAAUAAACAUCAAAAUCCCACAAUAAUCCAUCAAUCAAUCAUCCACUCCCACCAAACCAAACCCACCAUUCUCAGAGCAACCCAGAAAAACCAAGAAAUUGUCAAAUAAAAAUCAAAUCUUUUUCCAAAAGAAAUGGGGAAAAAAGCAGUGUUAAUAGGAAUCAAUUACCCAGGAACAAAAGCAGAGCUAAAAGGAUGCAUUAACGAUGUAAAAAGAAUGCAUGAAUGUUUGAUCAAUCGUUAUGGAUUUGAAGAAGAUGAUAUUACGAUUUUGAUUGAUACUGACCGGUCUUAUACCGAACCAACCGGUAAAAAUAUUCGACGUGCUCUUCAAAAUCUGGUUCGAUCUGCUGAACCUGGUGAUUAUCUUUUUGUUCAUUAUAGUGGUCAUGGUACUCGUUUACCGGCUGAAACCGGUGAACGUGAUGAUACCGGUUUUGAUGAGUGUAUUGUUCCUUCUGAUAUGAAUCUUAUUACAGAUGAAGAUUUCAAGGAAUUGGUGUGCCAAGUCCCAGAUGGUUGCCGGAUCACAAUAGUCUCGGAUUCAUGCCACAGUGGAGGCUUAAUUAGUGGUGCUAAAGAGCAGAUAGGAGAAAGUACACAGUCUCAUCAAGGCCAUAGUAGCUCAUCAUCAGGAUUCAGCCUAUCUGGUUUCUUGAAGAGUAAAGUGAGGGAGACUGUUUCUGAUGCCAUUGAAUCUCGUGGGAUUCAUCUCCCUCAUCAUCACAGUAGGGACUAUGAACCCGAGUACAGGGUAGUUGAAGAAGAUAGUUACGAAGGUCAUAGUGGCUAUGUGAAAAGUCGAUCUCUUCCUCUUUCUACCCUCAUUGAAAUGCUCAAGGAUAAGACUGGGAAAGAUGACAUUGAUGUUGGGAAAAUCCGACCUACCCUCUUUGACAUGUUUGGGGAGGAUUCUAGUCCUAAGGUCAAGAAGUUCAUGAAAGUCAUCCUCAACAAGAUUCAUGGAGGAGAAGGGAGCACCGGGGAUAUUAUAGCUGCUGUUGGUGGACUCGCAAUGGAGUUCUUUAAGCAGAAGCUUGAUGAAAAAGACGACGACUAUGCUAAACCUGCACAGGAUGCUGAAGUUGAGAGGAAAGAGGAGGUGUAUGCAGGUGAAAACAAGCGUAUUUUACCUAGAAAUGGGAUACUUCUUAGUGGUUGUCAGACUGACCAGACUUCUGCUGAUGCUAGCCCUUCUGGGAGAGACAGUGAAGCAUAUGGUGCUUUCAGCAACUCGAUUCAAGCUAUACUGAGGGAGUCUGAUGGAGACAUUAGGAACGAUGAGAUUGUGACAAAGGCUAGGAAGUUGCUCAAGCGUCAAGGAUUCACUCAACGUCCUGGACUUUAUUGUAUUGAUGACUAUGUUGAAGCUUCCUUUGUCUGCUAAUUAUUGUUCUUGGCCUGGUCUGAUGUCUGCUACAUUGGUAUGACAUUAUAGCAUAAACUGAAAUGGUGUUUUUGCUUUAGAUUGCCCUGCUGUUUCUUUGAGUAUGUACUGUUGCGAUUGUGGAGAGUUGUAAUGUUUAUCGUUCAGUUAUGAAAUUGUCGGCCGGAACCAGUCUUCUUGCUUUGAAUGUGGGAACAUAUAUAUUUAAGGGUUCUACCCAGAAUGAGGGAAUAUUUCUUGUUCAGUGUAUGAGUAUGGUUUCUCAUUUCGAAUCAAUGUAUGGCUUCGAUGUGGAGACUUAUGGUUAUUAGUCUUAUUA